AUGAAAGACCAAUCUGUAGUCUUCGUCGAGAAAAUCGUUGAUCCAACAACAAAUAACUUCCAAUUUUGUCUCGCGACCGAGCGUUGCUGUGAAAUUUGCGGUAUGUCAACAAUCAAGACUGAAAUUCAUACUGCAUUACUUAUUCAUGUGACUGACGAAGUAUCGAAAACAACGAAGACGAACUCAUUGACUGAUUUACUAACAAACUACUUUGCAUCUGAGUCAAUGGACGGUUGCUAUUGCGAUCAGUGUCAAUCAAACCAAAGGAAAUCGAUUAAAUACAGUCUAGAGAGAUUACCUCGAAUUUUUAUUUUUUAUUUGAAACGAUGGCAUAUUACCAAGAAUUCGUAUGGCGAACUUCAAUCAGUUUCGAAAGAAGAUCACCCAAUAGAUUGUUCACUUGAAAUUGAUGUGUAUCCAUUUUGUUCAGCGAAAACUUCUCAACCACCGAUGUUGAAUUACAUAGAAGAACUGCCUAAUUUGAAAGAUCUGUUCAAACAACGUGAUGAGAUUCUCAAUACUGUCGAAGCAAAACGUGCACGACUAGAAGACAUCGAUUCAGAAAAGACGAAUAUAGACGAAAUGGAAAAUCAAAUUGCAACCCAUGCUGACUAUCGUCUUUUUGCGGUUAUUAAUCAUCACGGUGGUUCAAGUGAUGUUGGGCAUUAUACAUCGACAGUUUAUGAUGCAAAAGGAGAUACAUGGUGGACAUAUGACGAUACAUCAGUUACAUCAUGUACACAGCAACGUGUUCUGAAAGAUUUAGCUCCUGAUGCCUAUGGUGUUAUGUAUAUGCAUAAAGAUAUAUUGAAAUUAUUUCAACCUAUGGCUUCCAAGUAA